AAUCGGAAGCCAGCUUGGCAGCUUGUAGAUAUUUCUCUUUCAACGCUUUGAGCCCUAUUUAUACCACAGUUGCUUCUUCUGCCUUGAACCAACAUUGAGUACUGACUACCUUUUCAUAUUCUCUUGGCUUCUUUCUGGUUCUCUUCUAUUAUGAUGGCUUUCAAAGCUUUGCUCUUUCUCCUCACCACUCUUCUUGCAGUGUCCACAAGAGUUUCAUCUAAUGAACAGGAACUCAACUCAAAGGCUAUUUCUGUCAUAGUCCCACCACCAGCACCAGCUCCUGCGAAAGCUCCAGUGAAGGCACCAUCUCUUACUCCCCCAAGUGCACCCACUUUUGCACCUCCACCAAAGGCACCAGCUCUUACUCCUCCACCAGCACCAAAGGCACCAGCUCUUACUCCUCCACCAAAGGCACCAGCUCUUACUCCUCCACCAAAGUCGCCAGCUCUUACUCCUCCACCAAAGUCGCCAGCUCUUACUCCUCCACCAAAGUCGCCAGCUCUUACUCCUCCACCAGCACCAAAGGCCCCAGCUCUUACUCCUCCACCAAAGGCACCAGCUCUUACUCCUCCACCAAAGUCGCCAGCUCUUACUCCUCCACCAAAGUCGCCAGCUCUUACUCCUCCACCAAAGUCGCCAGCUCUUACUCCUCCACCAAAGGCACCAGCUCUUACUCCUCCACCAGCACCAAAGGCACCCACUUAUGCACCUCCACCAAUGGCACCUGCUCCGGCGCCUCCAGUUAAUCCGCCUGCUCCGGUGCCCCCUGUCAAGUCACCCCCUGCUGCACCAGCACCACUGCCCCCAGUGACUUCAAAGAAGGAUUGCAUUCCCCAAUGUGAUCGGAGAUGCCAAUUACAUUCAAGGAAGAGAGUCUGCAUGAGAGCUUGCAUGACAUGCUGUGACCGCUGCAAGUGCGUUCCACCAGGAACAUUUGGUAACAGGGAGAAAUGUGGCAAGUGCUACACCGAUAUGACCACUCACGGCAACAAAUACAAGUGCCCUUGAAAUUGGCCUACAUUACUUGAUGUUUCUAUUACCUAAUUAAGUCUGUGUAGUAAGAAUAUAUCUCUUAUUCUUACUGUGUCCUGAAAAUAAAUGGUUUUCCUGUGUCCUUUCUACUGAGUCAUGAAGCAAUUAGUUGGGCGUAUUGGGUUAAGCUAGGACUUGUUCUGUAGUGUGUCCACUAAAUUUUCCAUUUCAUAUUGCAGAUAUUAAUAUAUCUCUUAUUUUUCCUCA